AUGGCUGGGCGAACAACAGUGCGUUCUGGUAGUGUUGGUGGUGUGAACAAAACUUGCCAGUUCAAGUUGGUUUUAUUGGGUGAAAGCGCGGUUGGCAAGUCGUCAUUAGUUCUGAGAUUUGUUAAAGGCCAGUUUCAUGAAUAUCAAGAAUCGACAAUCGGAGCAGCGUUUCUCACUCAGACUAUUUGUCUGGAUGACACUACUGUAAAAUUUGAGAUAUGGGAUACUGCUGGACAGGAGAGAUACCACUCAUUAGCACCAAUGUAUUACCGUGGAGCUCAAGCUGCUAUAGUUGUUUAUGAUAUUGCCAACCAGGAAUCAUUUGCAAAAGCCAAAAAUUGGGUAAAAGAGUUGCAGCGGCAAGCUAGUCCAAAUAUAGUGAUUGCGUUGUCAGGAAAUAAAGCUGAUCUUGUUAAUAGACGAGUCGUUGAAUAUGAGGAGGCACAAGCAUAUGCAGAGGACAAUGCUUUAUUGUUUAUGGAAACGUCGGCAAAAACGGCAAUGAAUGUAAAUGAUAUUUUUCUCGCAAUUGCCAAGAAACUACCAAAAGGUGAUGCAAGUGGUGGUGGUCCAUCUGGACGUGGUUACGAAGGAAUAGACAUCAGUCACGAAGGUCAAGGCCAAGGUGUAAGCUCUGGUUUAUGCUGUAAAUAA